UAAACUGAUGGUUUAAACAAACUUUUGUAGAGAGUGCGUGCCUGCUUCCCUCCCUCUGCACCACAGACAUCUCUCAAAGCCUAGUGGGAAAAUCACCUGAAGACAAGGUCCAGCCAGGCGUCACCAUGUCCAGCAAGCGAGCCAAGGGGAAAACCACCAAGAAGAGGCCCCAGAGAGCCACCUCAAACGUGUUUGCCAUGUUCGACCAGUCACAGAUCCAGGAAUUCAAGGAGGCUUUCAACAUGAUCGACCAGAAUAGGGAUGGAUUCAUUGACAAGGAGGAUCUGCAUGACAUGUUGGCCUCCUUGGGUAAAAACCCAUCAGAUGAUUACUUAGAGGGUAUGAUGAGCGAGGCCCCUGGUCCCAUCAACUUCACCAUGUUCCUCACCAUGUUCGGCGAGCGGCUGAACGGAACCGACCCUGAGGACGUGAUCAGGAACGCCUUCGCCUGCUUCGACGAGGAGGGUUCCGGCGUCAUUCAUGAGGAUCACCUGCGGGAGCUGCUGACCACUAUGGGGGAUCGCUUUACUGACGAAGAGGUGGAUGAGCUCUUCAGGGAGGCUCCUAUCGACAAGAAAGGGAACUUCAACUACGCCGAGUUCACUCGUAUCCUCAAACACGGGGCCAAGGACAAGGAUGAUAUCUAAGCCCUUAGUCUCAGGGUUGGCUGCAGAAUAGUGUGUAUAUAAGCAGGAAGGGGACAAAUGAAGAAUUAUUGUCAUCAUCCACCCUGAUAAUGAUAAAAUAAGUACAAAUAAGACAUUAAUUUAGAUUCAGUUGUUACAAGGGCAUGUGUGUGUCUAAAUAUUCUUGUCUGUUAAAAGAAUUCUGUAAUCCAUAGGCUUGUUUUUCUGUAUGGACACUACAUUUCUAUGGAGUUAUUUGCAAAAUAAUUAAAGAAUUUAUAUAUCAUAAAGAAGUAAUGUCAGCAAAAUACAAAACCCUUGUUACAUUUAACACUGUCCAGUGAGAAUUCAUUUAUAAGAAAUAUGAGAUUGACUGGGGUACUUUUGCAGCUCAGAGGAAAAUGUAACCUCAUUUUUAUGUUGAGAAGAAACUGUAGUUGGGUGUGAUGACCAAAACCAGUGAGGUCAGCUCCGUCCUCCCCUGGUGACUGCAGCCUGAAUGAAUCAUUUUUUAAAAGGAUUCCAGUGGCCUGAGGCAAGUGUGCGCAUGCAAAGAACUGUGUCAUGAAAUGAAGACUACCAAAUCAGCAAAAGUUUUGAAACAUAAAUUUGGAGUCCAUAAGAAACCUUUGAUGCCUUCAGGCUGCGAAUACAUAAGCAUGUAUGUCGACCUGUGUGAAACUUCAAAAUGCUUGAAUGGAAGAUAUCAAAAGUUACUUUUCAUAUUUUAAAACUGAAGGGAAAUGAAUGCCUCAUUGUAUUUCAUUUGGCACAUAUCUCGUUGUUACAGACCUGGCUGUGAAAACUCACUUCUAUUAAAAUUAAUAACCCUGUUUAAAAGGAACGGAUACCA